AUGGUAUUUGCUCGCUCUCUUUCUCGUCAACUUGGACGGUCCUCUACUCUCCUCUCCGCCGCAGGGUCCUCAAGACCUGCCUUCCGCCCUACUCCGUUGGCGGGGGCCUUCUCAGGUGCACGUACGCUAACUGCUUCUGCGAGCCGACAGGGUAAGGUUCUUAUGGUUCUCUAUGAUGGCGGUCAACACGCCAAGGACCAGCCCGGCCUUCUCGGUACCACUGAGAACGAGCUCGGUCUGCGCAAGUGGCUCGAGUCUGAGGGUCACACCCUCGUCACCACCUCCGACAAGGAGGGUGAGAACUCGACCUUUGACAAGGAGCUUGUUGACGCUGAAGUCAUCAUCACCACUCCCUUCCACCCCGGUUACCUGACCGCUGAGCGUCUGGCCAAAGCUAAGAACCUCAAGAUUGCCGUCACUGCUGGUGUUGGCUCUGACCACGUUGACCUCAACGCUGCCAACAAGACCAAUGGCGGUAUCACCGUUGCUGAGGUCACUGGCUGCAACGUCGUCUCCGUCGCUGAGCACGUUGUCAUGACCAUCCUCACCCUGGUUCGCAACUUCGUCCCUGCCCACGAGCAGAUCCGCAACGGCGAGUGGGAUGUUGCUGCCGUCGCCAAGAACGAGUUCGACCUCGAGGGUAAGACCGUCGGUACUGUUGCCGUUGGCCGUAUCGGUGAGCGUGUCCUCCGCCGUCUCAAGCCCUUCGACUGCAAGGAGCUCCUCUACUACGACUACCAGCCUCUGUCCCCCGAGGUCGAGAAGGAAAUUGGCUGCCGCCGUGUCGAGAACCUCGAGGACAUGCUUGCUCAGUGUGACAUCGUCACCAUCAACUGUCCCUUGCACGAGAAGACCCGUGGUCUCUUCAACAAGGACCUCAUCUCCAAGAUGAAGAAGGGCUCUUGGCUCGUCAACACCGCUCGUGGUGCCAUCGUCGUCAAGGAGGAUGUCGCCGAGGCCGUCAAGUCUGGUCACUUGAGAGGCUACGGUGGUGACGUCUGGUUCCCUCAGCCCGCUCCCAAGGACCACCCGCUCCGUUACGUCCAGGGCCCCUGGGGCGGUGGCAACGCCAUGGUUCCCCACAUGUCCGGUACCUCGAUCGACGCCCAGAUCCGGUACGCCCAAGGUACUAAGGAGAUCUUGGAGAGCUAUUUCUCUGGCCGCUUCGACUACAAGAACCAGGACCUUAUCGUCCACGCUGGUGACUACGUCACCAAGGCUUACGGCCAGCGCAAGUAA